CGCGACGCCAUGUUGUCAGUAUCUUCCGAUUGGCGAAGCGUGAGACGGAAGAGUAGACAAACAGGAAUUAACAAUCGGCCGCCGAUAAUCUGAUACGGAUUCUCGUAAACGCCACAGUCGGUCGUAUUAUCAUAACUUUCACAAGUCGCUUGUCAAGCCGAGCCGAGAGAGUCCGAGAGAGUCGACGGCAUUAAGGCGAAUUUAUCACGGAACUCUUCGUCUCCCGGAGAAAUUCUUUACGUUGAAGUUCUGGUCUUUGAAGCCGCGCCGUAUUACGUCUUUUCGUUCUCUUCUGAAAAUGAAAGAAAAAAAAAACAUAGAAUCGAAUAAUUUGAAGCUGAUUUCGGAUUUUAAUAGUAGAAGUUGCGCGAAAAUGCGCUUUACUUGCAAGAGCGAAUGACAAGAGUUGCGAUUAGCACCCUUUUCUGCGCAGAGAUCGAUCGCGGAAAUUACAUUUCCAGUUCUGCAAAAACAGAUGAGACGAGAAUCGUAAAGAGAAUAAUGAGAGCGACGAUGUCUGACUCUACGGGUGAUCAUGUAGAUGCGUUGGAUGAGGAGCCGGACGUGGAAUCCAGUUAUAAGCCUCCACCGGAAAAAUCCAUCGAGCAGAUCUUGGAAACGGAUAAGGAAGAUGAGAGUUUGCGCAAGUAUAAAGAGACGCUUCUGGGAGAAGCAAAAUCCGGCGGCAUUGUAAUAGAUCCUAAUGAUCCUAGAAAGGUAAUAGUGAAGAAAUUGGCAUUAUGCGUCGCUGAUCGACCGGAUAUGGAAUUAGACUUGACUGGUGAUUUAUCGCAGCUAAAAAAACAGACAUUUGUCAUCAAGGAGGGCGUAAGCUAUAGAAUCAGGAUCGAUUUUAUUGUGCAACGCGAGAUCGUGCAUGGAUUAAAAUAUGUUCAAAAGACUUAUCGCCUUGGUGUACCUGGAGUUACGGUUGACAAAAUGACACAUAUGGUAGGCUCGUAUCCUCCUAAAACAGAGCUUCAGUCUUACACUACUCCAGCUGAAGAUGCGCCAGCUGGUGUUGUAGCGCGAGGCUCAUACAGCGUUAGUUCUCUCUUCACAGACGACGACAAGCAUGAACAUCUCAAAUGGGAAUGGGCGUUUGAAAUCAAGAAGGAUUGGAAAGAAUAAAUCGUCUUUUGAAAGGACGAUAAUUUACAAUUCCUUACUACUUUACGAGUAAUAAUUAAGGACGUAAAAUGCCAAAAUGCAAUUGGAUGGAUGAAUUUUAAUAUUCUUUAGUUGUGGUUGAUGUUGCCAUAAGAAUUAUUUACAUAUAUUUUAAGUAAUAAAAAAGGAAGAGAAUAUAAUCGGUAUUUAUUAAGGUUUUCGUAAUUGAUUAGAUAUUUGAUUAUAGAAAUAGAUUCGAGAAUUAUGAAGAGUACACACACACACA